CAUUAAUUAACCAUUUUCCGCUCGGGUUCCUAGAGUAGCGUUUCGAUUUUCCGUUUUCGGACGAAGUAGGGUGAAAGGUGAAGUCGAGGUCUUGACUAUAUCGUCAGCGUCAAGGAUGAAGGCUAGAGCGGGUCUAGGCUGAAGACGGUCGACAGUAACGAUGGUGUUGGCAGAGAAUAUUGGUUCUCCUUGUUAACAUCAUUAGAAGGCGGAUUCCAUCAAUGUCGAGUUUCGUUUCGGGCUAUGGAGGAGGUCGUUUUUCAGUAUAAAAAGAUGGCUAUUGGGGAAGAGAACAACAACUUGAAUUUUGAUGAUGACGAUGAAGAAGAUGGGGAGUUUGAUACAGCCGAGAAGGGGGCUAAAUUCCCGGUGAUGGGAAUUUUUCUCACAGAUCAGAAAAUCAAUUUUCAGGCUUUAAAGGACCUGUUGGCCUCAAUUUGGCGUCCAAGCAAAAGGGUAUCAAUCAAGGAGAUAGGCGCUAAAAGGUAUUUGUUUACUUUUUAUCGUAUUGUGGAUAUGAAUCGUGUUCUUGAAGAUGGUCUGUCGUUAUUUUAGAGAAAUUUAUUAGUGCUUAAGGCGG